AUGGCGCAGGAUCUCGACCGUCCUUCCACCGGUGCAUCCAGCAGUGACACCCCCGAUCAUUCGGUUCAUAUGCGGUCAAGGUCGACCGCUCAUACCCAGAGCCCUAAAAGACUAUCCGUCUUCAGUGGCCGUUCUCGAAGCAAUACCACAACUUCCACUCCCUCUAUCACCUCUUCGCGCCGUUCACAGGUCUCAUCAAUGGCCUCCAACGAGAACGUCCCUAUGCCCUUCGCGCAUGAGGACCGGAUAACUCCUGCAGCCGGCGUGCGCCACGACCGGCAUGAAAGUACAACAAAGUCACUCUUCUUACGUGGAAGCCGCAUUCUGCGCCGUCAAGGAAGCAAGGUCACCAUGGUCGGUCCCUUAGACGAAGAAGAGGAUGCAGAACGCGAUAAAUCCCGUUUCGAUUUCAGCCGUCGCAAGUCACGGUCGAAUGACAGCCAUGAGCAUAUGAAGCGCAUGAUCUCAGAUCCCUUCGAUUUCCACCACCUGACUCAUACCAGCCCUGCUCAAUUCGAGGCGCUGGGCAAGACCCGUGAGAAUGAACUGGUUACCGAAUUUUCUGCCAUUCGAGCUUCCCAAAAGCCCGUCACAAAUCUGAAGGGCAUUCGAGCAGAAGAUAUACAAAUGCGCAGCCUUUCAACGGAAGAUUUUUGUCACUGCGUGCCCGAAGACAUUAACGAGGGCCCGUUGCCUAUUAGUCCACCACGUUCCCCUGGGGCGAGAUCUACCAGUCCACAAGUUUUAGAGUAUCGGCCUUUGCGAGAGUCCCGGGUGUUCGAGAAUUUUUCGCGGCCUGUACCAAGGUAUCCUCGCGGCGAUGCUGCAUCGUCACCACCGCGUGCUUCUUCGCCUAGAUUGGCGUCUUCUCCCGAGAUACCGGAGCCUUCGCGUCGAGUGAUCGAUGAGAUUCUGGACUUGGACUCCCGGCAACAAUACCCCGAACAUGCCUACUACGCGGAUGACGAUUCGGCGCACGACAUUUCACCAAAGAGCCGCAAUUUGGAGGAGAUGAUGCGGUCAAGCCUAGGUCAUGCCAUUACCACCGGUGUCGACAAUGAUAAUAGAGAAACGAGAACUGCGUCAGCACUCGCAAGUCCGACAUCCGAAUUGGAGGAUGUUCCGGAGGAGGACGAAGCAACGCACUGGCAUGAUAGUCCCCAAUCUCAGCAAUCAGAAUACCCGGCAUCUCUUGGGAGCCAAGUGUCUCCCAAAGCCAUUGUCGCCCCAAAGUCCCACUUGUCGAUUGACGUGGCCAAGGAACUCUCGAAAAAAUUUACGGAAGCACUAGGGUCGCCUACUCUUCCUCAAUAUCUUGCAGAUCGGGCGGUCAUGCCCGUCGACGAACACCGCGCUCAAUCGUCCCUUCGCAGGCAACCAUCGGUUCAUAAAACCAUCCACGAGACCAUCUACGAGUCUUGGGAUGACGAUAUUGACUACUGUUACGAGCACGCAGCGGAAUCAAGUUCGGACUUUGACUGGGCACGGACUUCGUUCGAAGAAUCGAAUAGGGUUGCAGUCACUAUUACCGCCUCCAAUCCUGCUACCUCGUCAGCGCAUCACCCGGUGUCUUCGUCUAACUCAAGGUGCCUUGGCACGUCGGACCUGUCCACUCCUGACUUGAACUCCAGCUGUUUGCAGUCAGCGCCCAGCUCACGCCUAGCCAUAGCGCCUUCGGGUAAUGCCUAUGAGGGAGAGAAGAAUGGAGACUUCUUCCAAUCAGUCAGUUCCUCAAUGUUGUCAGGAGCUUUGACUAAACACAUCCCCCAAGAUGCUCUGUACGAGGAUUACCUCGCGACUGAUGGAGAAUCAGAUCGACAUUUCUCAUUCUAUUCACAGAGCGGGCUUCAGGCUAUAGACCAGCCCGUCUCUCCUCGGAGCAGCUUUUCCCCCAUAAGCAAAUACAACUCACAAGAAAGCCUAAUCUUAUCCCGUGCUGCCUCGAUUGUACGGAAGCAUCGAUCGUCCGUUUCGACUACGAGCGUGCCUGAAUUGGUACAUAGCCUGGCGAGUAGCCGCGACUUUUCCUCCUCAGACCUUAUGCUUCCUGGCGAACAGUCCGAGUUAGUGCGCAACGAUUCCUCCCGCUCGUCUAAUCACCGGCAGACUAAAAGCUUAGCACGAGAACUUGAAACCCAAAUCAUGUCUCGGCCGGAUGGCAAUGGCAGCACCGAUUCCACCAAGCUGAUGGGCGUAUACCCUCACGAUCGCGCAAAAUCUACCUCUGAAGUGGAGGCCGCUCCCUUGGUGAGCAAGGCCAUGAGACCUGAACUUCCUUCAAAGAGCGCACUUCGAAAGAAAGGUCGCACAACAUCCUACUCACUUUUUCCUUCGCCGACUCUUCCCUCACCUGCAAACUCAUAA